AUGCUCCCACAUGGGCCUGUCAAGGGUUCGCAUCUGAGGCAAGUUAGCACCCCAAGUAUGGGAACAGCCGCGGAGGCGACCAAUUUGCAUGAAGACCAUGCAGAUGGAAUCUCGAAGACAAGUGCCCCUGAAUCACCCGCAGGACCCAACAGUCGCCCUUGCUCUCUCUGGGUCCAUGAUGAUAACUUCUCCAGAGAAGAUGUGCUAUUUAAUAUUAGCGCCUUUGGUGAUAUAGGGCUAAAGGUGGGAGACCUAGUUGAGCUUUCCACUCCCCGUGUCUCCCAAGGAGAGCUCCAUGGGUCUUCCAACAGACUUGAUUCGAGUGGGAGAACGCUACGAGAUGCUGGUGAUUCCGACCAAAGCUCCAAUUCUGCUGCAAAACGCGUUGGUGGCCACAAGUCUCAAUCCUCCUCGACCUAUGGGCGGUAUCUAUUUCUGGUCAAGCCUUUAGCUGCAGAUAUUAAAGCCAGACACCCAAACCUGCAAAUUUCGAUCACAAGUAAUAUAGCCAAUAUAUUCGGGUUCAAAAACCACUCCCAAGCUCUGAUAUCUCUCAAGAAUCGGCAAAAAUCCACUGCUUCUCACGUGGAACUCACUUUUCGAGACCAGUUUCUGGUCCGAUCCGAUAUGUGGAGGUUAGCCAUAUCAGAACUCGCAGAUAAGCCUGUCUAUAAGGGACAGAAGAUCACAUUCAUGGGGACCAUCAAAGCAACCGUCAAAUCCAUAUACAUCGACGGCAAAAAGGCACUUUCAGGCUACUUUUCCCCGCGGACGAUACCAAUCUUUCGGAGUGAAUCUGCUCGGUAUGUCCUUUUCAUUCAAAUGUCGAAAGAGAUGUGGGAUUUCGAUUCCGAAGGCACUGGCGACAUUCUCUUUAGCCGGGUCAUCAAUAGUCUUCUCCCCGAACUCUUUAAGCGUUGGGCUGCCAUCGAUGCCCACCAUCUGGUAUCCAUUGUGUUAUUUACUAGAGUCCAGUAUGAUCUCUUAGCGGCGGAUAAUCCCGGCUCUUCUUUCUUAAACAACAACAACCUACAUCGGACAACCCGUGAUUCCCGACCUGAGAGCCAAGAUUUCUACCGCGUUGUGGUCAAUGAUAUGCCAAGUGGCAAGUGGACGACAAUUUUAGAUGAAUUAAAAAAGGAAUUCAGGAUCUUCCUGCGGGACGUGUCUAUCCCUCCGUCACACUUCCCGGACUCACAGACAUCGGCGGAAGACUCGCUCCCGGAAGAUCCGAAGCACCCUCCAACUAUAUCUGGAAGGCCGACUUCUGCUCUGCGUGGUAAUAUAUUGGAAGCGAUAAAUAUUGCGUCAUCUUACCUGGCAUUUGAGCAUAUUGGCCGUGACCUUAUACGGACAGGCACGUCAAUUGUUGUGAUAUCUCCUGGAACGGGCGUAUUUGAAGUCUCCUAUGAAGCACUAGCGUUGACUUCAGAAGUCCUCACUAGUCGUACCAUUGGGAUUGACCUAAUAUGUUUGAGUCCCAUGCCACUGCACUCAGUUCCUCUAUUUAAGUAUCGUCUCCCGAGUGAACCUACGUCGAGACCGGGUAGUUCUAUCUCCAGGGAUUCCAUUCUCCGUCCGUCUCCUUCCGAUUCUCAUUUAUCUGGUGGCAGUUUUUCUAGUAAAGUUUCCCGUCCUCGAUCAUCUAACGCAACGCUCGGACCUUCGUCGCAAGCUGCCACUGUUGCUGACAAUUGGCGCUACGGGAUUCCGCAAUGGAUUGACAUUUCCUAUUGGAACCCAAAAAUUUAUCGCGACAGCCGAACAGCUGUGAAUAAAAUCACAAAAUCCACUCUCCCAGCCACCACGAAAAAACAAGUAAAUACAUUUAUACCAAGGGUUAGGAUGUAUGAGAUUCAAAUGAUGGGUGUCAUGGAAAGCGAGCAAUCAAAUAUCUGUGUGCCUUAUCUGUCUUCAGCUGACAUCCGCCUUCAAAAGCUUUCUGAUUUAUAUCCAUCUCCGCAUGGGUCUCCGUAUAAACCUCCGUUGACAGAGACUGGAGCUGGGUCCUUAAUGUCAACUUUCAAGGAUUCGAGAAGGAAUAUUCUGUCGAUUCCCGCCACACAGCGGAAAAUGCUAGAGUGGAUGGAUUCAUAUGAUCAUGUUAUCUUCCACACAGCACCGAAAGAGCGAAUGACACGAAGACCUUCAAAGGCUAAGCGCGUCGAUUUUGAGACACCGGGAACUCGGUUUUAUGAGCAACAAUCAAUUCGCUUCUCGACCAGUUCAGUGACGCAUUCCGGCAAUUAUUCAACGAGCCCAAAUAAUAACCACCAGCGAUCAGACGAUGGAAGGUCGCAUUAUCAGAAGGCAUACCCACCUGAACGGGUGCCCUUCAAAAAAUCAAGCAUGAAGAAAGCAUCAAAGUCGACCAAGCCACGAAUUUCCAGGUCGAUUAGCUUUGCCUUACGUGGGCUAGGCCCAACACCACCUAGAGCGACUGCAAGUACGGAAAUAAAUAACGAACACGCGAAGGGUCUGUCGACCACAAAUAAGAAACCGGCUAAAGUUGGGGAGCUGCCUCCAAAUUUUAGCAUGAAUUCUCCUAUAUCGGAUGCCGUUUCCAACCCUACCUUCAAAUCCCCAGAUCCUCCUCAGCUAAGCUUCACCCCUUUUAGUGAUAACGCAAAUGCUACUCCAUCGAAACCCAUUUCAAUCCGAAUCGCGAACAAGAAAGUAAAGGAUGAGCAUAAUAUGGACCCAAAAGAUAUUGAUAGCUCAUUUUCGACUACAUCAACCGAAGUACAUUUCGAUCGAAGAGCAGGUGAAGAAAUCCACGGACCUUUCCCAAUGACCCGAACGGGUCGCAGAUUUGAUUUAGCUUUUACUGCGAGUCAGGAUGAACCGACUAUGGAUUUUUCUCCAACGAAGGUGCUGUCUCCAUGGAUUUUACCUGUCAACCCGUGCAAACCGUCUAAGCGUAGAUCCACACGAUCCAGUUGGUUCGGUCGCUGGCAACAUGUAUAUCCCCGAAUGCCAAGCACUGCAUCUGUAAAGUGGAAAAGCUUGAAGUCGCCAGCAAGUCUCCCACUAACAACAGAGGAAUUCCCAACAAGUGAAGAGCUCGCAUCUCAGUAUUAUCAAACCCCGUACAGAGUCUACCAAAAUGACGAGUCUGAUGUGGCAGAAACUCCUAGGACUCGAGAAGCACUUCUACGUGAAAUGGUGGCAUUACGCCUUGCCCAUGGUUUCCAAAUAGUUGUUGGGAGGUUAGCUGACGCAGCAUCGAGCCAGCAUUCGCUAGGGUCGCUAAAUAUAUUCAACACCCGCUCAUUAUCCAAGGAUGGGAUGACCAUCUUUAUGUCUAUGGGCAACAUCAUUCACAAAUUGGUCUGUGUUGCUGGAGGGGAGAUAGAGGUUACAAAAUUCACGCGUAAAACGGUGACAGACCUCUUUUCCGACGCCAAGGCUUUCGCGCUCAACUACACUCCUGUGGUUAAAACAAUAUUGAGCGCAAAUUAUUGCAAACAUACUAUAAAUUUGCAAAUGCCUCGGGAAGACUAUAACUGGAACUAUGCGGACGCAUUUUUGGCAGGCUAUCGGGACCACUUAGUCAAUUUCUCGGAACAACUUCGUUUCUGGCGCACUCGUUUCGUCCUGAUACCGGUUCAGAUACUGGCAAAUGCAAGGCGCCCGAUGCAGUCAUAUAAAGAGGAUAACGAGGAGGAAAUACAUCUUCUUGGUAUCACUCAACUCACUCAAAUAUGGCAACGGUAUCGAUACGAUCCGCCAGAGGAAAAGCGGCUCCAGGCACCGACUCAUAAAAAAGAUCAAAAUCCAUUGGAUAUUAUAUAUCAAACCAGUAAUCCAUCUGAGGUCAUCGCUGCGGAACUUGAUAGACUUUUACUCGAUGAUCCAGGUCUUGAUAACCCUUCUCUACAACUGCUUCCAGAGUCUGAAUUACUUCAAAGAUCCAACAUUAGUCUUAUUGCUUUGGCGCAGGCUAUACAGGGUGAAAAGGGUGUCAGAAUGAUGGAUAGAAGAUGGCAUUGGCGUCUUCAUUAUAACUGCUUUGUCGGAGUUGAGCUCACUACUUGGAUGCUCCAAAAUUUCCGCGAUAUCGAUACCCGCGAAGAGGCUGUUGAGUUUGGCAACGAGCUGAUGAAGCAUGGGCUUAUUUGCCAUGUCCAGCGAAGGCAUAAUUUCAGGGACGGCAAUUAUUUUUAUCAGAUCACUGAUGAAUAUCGCGUGGCUCGGCCGGAAUCUCGAAGCGGCUGGUUCCAAACUCGAAAAUCGAUUCCUAAUACUCCCAUUAAUGAAGGUGUGAAAGACGUCUCUCAGACUGCGCAGGCAAAAACAAUAAAUGGAACUGCAGAUCCUGACAGCAGGGCGAACACACCUACCCUGGGGAAAUCUCCCAGAACAAAAGCCUCUGUAUGCCUGUCGAAGUCUAUGAAAAUCGAUGUCGAUACUCGCAAGCGUUCAAAUCGUCCCGAAAUAAUCGAGCUUCAUUACGACCGGUUGCAUAAUCCGGACAAUUGCUUCCACAUCAAGCUCAGUUGGAUGAACGCAACUCCGAAGCUUGUGGAAGAUGCAAUUGUAUCGUGGGCCGCAACCGCAGAAAAAUUCGGUCUCAAAUUGGUCGAAUUACCAAUAUCUGAAGCUUCAUCCAUCGUCGAAACCCAAGUUUUCAGGCGUCCAUAUCCUGUGAAGCUAGCGAUUGAGCCCCCAGAAAGCCCAACCCCCACAAUUUAUAGCGCUACUUCUUUCGCAUCUCAAGGCGUUUCCGACCGCCAGUUCUAUCACAAGGCAAUCCUGAAAAAAUUCGACUUCGUCCUCGAUUUUGAAGCUACUGAUGCAUUCCCUCCAGAUGUUGACGUAUCGUAUUCCUGGGGUCGACUGGAUUAUCGAUUUCCGCAGUAUGUCCACCAGACUGGUGCCGUCCUUGCUCAGAUCUCAGAUGACGGCUGCUUCCUUUUGCUCGCGAACAGACUCUACAGCGCACGCGGGCCCUCCGUCAAAGAAUCUAACCGACUUGACAGAAGUGAAUUUUACCGUCCCCGCGCCGCAACAUACGAUGCCUUGGACCGCGCUGGCUCCCCUCACUUGUCGCCCAUUGUCCGCGCAUCACUUGAUAACUCACCCGGGCACGUUCCCCAAACCGAGCUUCCUUCUUCCUACCGAAUUACCAGGGAGAUCGGAGAGGAGCUCAAAGCAUUCUGUAGUGAUGUGGAUCAGCUAGAGAAAUUCUUCGAGGAGGCAGCGGUUCAUUUGAAACCCACUUCUUCCAAAGUCAGUCCGAGUGUGCCAUCUACCAUGGAUGCGUCCAUCCCGACUUUGGAGUUGCCAGCUAGCCUUGUUGGGCGGCAUGUUUCUCCGCCCCCAAUUAUGGAAGCACCAGAGACGGACGCGGGGACUAUGGAUGUGAGGAUGCACGUUUCUGUUAGCCCAAAAACUAAGGCAGUCAAGUCCCCCCAUCUCUAA